AUGGCGACCUCGACGCUGCUGCGUGCUCUGAGGCGGCCCUCGUCGGUGGCCGCGCUGCGAUUGGCAACGACUGCCAAUGUGCAAGCCGUUACUGGAUAUAGGCAUCUGAAUAAUCGGAAUCUAAGUGUGUUCAACGAGUUCUCAAAGCAGCUGAAGGGUGAGGCUAAGAGUAAUCCUGAAUUCCAGAAAUCUAUGAAGGAGUUCAGUGAGAAACUUGGUGUGGUAAAGGAAGAUCUCAAAGUAAGAACUCAGAAAACAGCCGAGACAAUUUCCAAGAGUGUUGAAGAUGUUAUGACUGAAGCUGAGGCAACAUCCAAAAAGCGAAGGUUGUUGUUGAUUGCGUGUAUGGGUUUCCCCAUGGGGAUAAAAAACCGGACGGUGAUGGGGAUGGGAAGAUUUUCAUCCCCGCAUGCGGGUAUGGGGACGGGAAUGGGCAUGGGAGGGCUGUCGCGGGGACAGGGAUGUGAGUCCAAUACCCGCCUGGGUAAUCCCCAUUGCCACCUUGUUACUGCAAAUGUUAAAGAAAAAAUGUCUGCUGCUACAGAAGAGGUGAAGGAAAGCUUUGGACUAGGAAAGGAAGAAACUUCAAGCUUCAGAGAUGGUUCACAUGGAACUUCAAAUCACGGGAAAACUGAGGCGUCCUCACACUCAGAUGACAAGUCCCAAGAUGCCACAAGUGCCUAUAUGUUGUUUGAUAAAUUAAGGUCAACAUUUUCAUCAGCUUCACCAGUUGUGUCUGGUGCAUUUGCAAAAUUGAAGGACACAAGAGUCUCAACUUUAGCUAAGCAGGGAUAUGAAAUUGUCAAAGAUGAACUAAGCUCUAGCUCUAGCAGAAAAAAGAAAAACCAUAUUAGGCAAGCUUAUUCUGCAGCUGUAGAGAAGAGUACAAGAACUGAUAUAGUUAUUGUACCAACAAAGAAGUCAGUGGUGGGUGAAAAAUGGGAAGCAAUCAAGAAUAAGAUGCGAGGUCAUCCAGUCUAUAAGAGGGUGAACGAGUACACCAAACCUGUCGUAACAAAGGUGAACGAGUACACCAAACCUGUCGUAACAAAGGGACAAGAGGUAGCUGAGGAUGUCCGAGAACGAUGGGAGACAAGUGACCAUCCAGUAGUUCAGAAAAUUCAAGAUAUUAAUGAAACUAUUUUUGAAGAGACCGCUACUGCAGCAUCUUUCAGGGAAAUUCGGCGACGUGACCCAUCCUUUUCAUUAUCCGAUUUUAUUGGUGAUGUUCAAGAAAUGAUCAAGCCUGUUCUUACCGCAUAUUCAAAGGGUGAUCUGAAGACUUUAAAAAAGUACUGCACCAAGGAAAUACUUGAACGAUGCGAAGGAGAGAGGAAAGGAUAUGCAUCACAAGGCAUGUUUUUUGAUCACAAGAUUCUUCACAUAUCUGAUGCUGACGUAAGGGAAACAAAGAUGUUGGGAUCAGCACCCAUCAUUCUCGUGAUGUUCCGAACACAGGAGAUUCAUUGUAUUCGUGAUAAAGAAGGACAAGUAACAGAAGGAGGACAGGAUUCAAUUCGAACCGUCUACUAUCAAUGGGCAAUGCAACUCAUGGACAGCGAUGAGUUGCCAGAAGAAGAAUCCUACUACGCAGUUUGGCGGUUGCGUGAGAUGCAUCAACUUGGUGUUAAGGCCCUUAUAUAG